UCAACAACAACAACAACAGCCAGUACAUCACCACGUACCGUCUCAACAUCAUCAUCACCCUCAUCCUGCUGUAGCCGUACAUCCUCCGAUCCAUCAUACGCUUGAAAAUGCCACCAUCACCUACGACACCGUGGCCGAACAUCGUCUCCAACGCGACCUGGUCAAGGACGUCUUCUUUUCGCCCGCAAUGGCACGAGACUCGGUCGAACCCUCGUCCUCGGGCUCCUCGAUCUCAUCCCAAAGCGACAGCGAGUCCGAUUCGGUCGAUGACCAGAGCAGCCAGCAAGACAUCCUAUUCUCGCCCCACGUCAGUCCAUCCGACCUUUUGCAAGAUGACGAUCCACUCUUUUUCAUUGGCCUUGAUUUUGCUCAAGAUGAAACCACCAAGAAACAACAACUUUCCCUCAGACAGCUUAGUCGCAAAACAACAACACCUUCUUCUUUGGAUUUGCCUACCCCGCCUGCCAGUGUUGAUUUCUCCGAGGAAGAGUAUGUCCAACUUGGCCAAGAUAUCCUAAAACGUCAUCGCCAUCGAUCGGCCCGUACUGCUUGUUCUGCGGCUGCCACAAAGAAACUUAAAGUCAUGCCAUCUGAUAAGAUGACUCCGCCCGCAUCCCCCGGUAUCGAGUAUUUUGAUGACGCUUCGGCUGAAGAGUCUUCAGAUGAAGAGGAAGAUGAGGACGUGGAUUCACAGCAUGACAACUCGGAACAAGUGGUGGACCCUGUGUUCUACAGCUAUCACCCUCAAGCAGUAGCGGAUUUCCAAUCGAUUUCAGCACCCGACCACGGCUCUGACGAUAACGAAUCAACCUCGUCGUGGGAAGAUAUCCAGCAGCGGGCUGAUAUGUUUGAUGACGGUUUUGAUACCGAUUCGACCAGCGAUGAGGAGGAAGAGGCUGUGCUACCGCCCACGCCACCCGCACCAUCACUGCCUCCCAAGCAGCUGAAGCAGAAGCGUGUCGUUCGUGAUCAUCAUCACCACCACCAAAAGCAGAUUCGCAAGAAGAGUGGGGCUGCUGCUUCAUUUUAUGGAAAGCAACAGGCGUCCUUGCAAGAAAAGGUUCAAUUGCAGGAGCAGGAACACGUCCACCAACAUCAACAACAACAACCAUCCUUGUUAUCCCAAGAAGACCAAGAAGGCUUGGAACGCACUGAUUGUCGCGCUACUGCCCAUCCUACGAUCUAUCAAAAGCUCACCAAGCAAAAUGUCGACUGGUGUCGCUAUUGUGGAACCACUGAGGGUGUGAACUGGCGUCCAGGUCCUUGGGGAAAACGGACGUUGUGCAACAAACAUGGAUGUGAUUACAAAGGCUAUGGAUUCGCUUGUAAAUUACCGCGUCUUGAUUUGACUGGAUUUGCUCAUGAAGCCAUCAAUGACCGUGACCGUCCGGUUCUGCAAUUGUUCUGCUCCGUGUGCCAUCGUCAAGAAUCCUGGACCGGUAAUGUCCUUGUCCGUUGCGAAGGAUGUCCCAAGGCCAUGCAUCAAAAGUGUGCUGCUGCUGCUGCCAAUGCUGCUUCGUCUCAGGACGGCCAGCAACAGCAAGAGUUGACGGAUGAGUUUGUGGCAAGUGACGAGCAGUGGUUCUGUGAUGUCAGUUGCCAUGAAAACGCAAGACGGAAACGUAUUGUCGUCGAGUUGCCACGGAAACGGUUGCCACUCAUGUGUGCUCCCAAAAACAAUGCAUCAUCAUCAUCAUCCUCAUCUACAGCAUCUUCUACAUCUUCUUCUACUACGUGUUUUACUUCAUCCGCAUCCUCUUCAUUACGCUCCUCCUCGUCCUCUACUCCUCCUCCUCCUCUUACUACUUUUUCAUAAUCAUCAUAUAGAUUCUUUAUAUCUGUCUCUUCUUCUUCUCUGUUAGAAUAUUUAUGAAACCUCUUUCUUGCUUCUUCUUCUUUUGUCAAUAUUUUACUUCUUUAUACAAGCUGUUCUUCUCCACACACACUCUUACACACAGAGACACCUAUAACUCCUCCAUCACACCUCAUACACACGAAGAACACCACACCAACCCAUACACACUCACACACACAUGCUUUUUUCUCCAGGAGAAACCAUGUAUAUAGUUUUUCUUCUUAAGCCCUUCUUCUUUUUUUUUUAUAUGUAGUCAAAGUCAUCUUAUACGCUAAUCUUAAUCCUUCUUCUUCCACUACUACUACUGUUUUACCCCCUCUCUCACAUCAAAACACACACACACACACACACACACAAAAGAAUCAAAAAGCACGGCAAAAACAAAAUAUAAUACAACACUAAUACAAGUCGC